AUGAAUGGAUUAAUCUUAGGGGUCAGGGGAAUCCUUUCGUUUCUUUGUGCUCCGUUGAUAGGGGCCUUGUCUGACAUAUGGGGUCGUAAGUACUUUCUCCUUUUGACGGUAUUUUUUACUUGUAUGCCAAUUCCGUUCCUGAAAGUCAGUCCUUGGUGGUACUUCGCUUUGUUUUCCAUCUCCGGCGUGUUCACGGUAACCUUCAGCGUUGUUCUCGCCUAUGUAGCUGAUAUCACAGAAGCAGAAGAAAGAAAUUUUGCAUACGGAUUAGUAUCGGCCACUUUCGGCGCCAGCCUGAUCGUCUCCCCAGCACUGGGCGCUUAUAUCGGCGAAACAUGGAGCGACGAGUUGGUGGUCGCUUUCGCCACAGUCGUUGCGUCGCUCGAUAUACUGAUCAUCCUGCUGUACGUGCCAGAAAGUUUGCCUGAGAGCCUGCGACCUGCCCGAUCGCUGGUCAGCUGGGAAAGCGCUGAUCCGUUUGCCUCUCUUCGGCUGGUCGGACAGGAUUCGACCGUAAUGCUGCUGUGCGCCGUCGUGUUUCUGUCGUACUUGCCGGAAGCGGGCCAGUUUUCAUGCUUCUUUGUUUACCUAAAGCUUAUCGUCGGAUUUUCACCGGAAGCCGUCGGUUUGUUCAUCGGUUUCGUCGGCAUUUUAUCCGUUUUAGCACAGACCAUUGUGUUGCUGAUCUUGCAGAAGGCAUGCGGUCCUAAAGAGACCAUCAUGCUCGGACUGACUUUUCAGUUCAUCCAGCUUCUGUGGUACGGAUUCUACUCGGAUCACUGGUGA